UAUUUUUUUUUUUUUUUUUUUUGACUGGCGCAUGCAUGCGGCAACUAGCAAAUCUCAGGUUAAGCCUUGCACGUGCCACAACGGCUCCUGCCCGCCUUCCCCAGCGACAGCCUCUGCGCACAAUACGCCACGGAUCCCUCGUUCCGGCCUCUGCGACAACCCGCGCGGCGUCGGACUUCGUCGCAAACAUGGGCAAGAAGGACGACAAGAAGGCGAGCUUCCAGCUCAAGACGCCCAAGGGCACUCGGGACUGGGACAGGAAAGAUAUGAUCCUCAGGGAUCGUAUCUUCCAAGCCAUCACCGAGGUCUUUAAGCGUCACGGCGGAACGAAUCUCGACACGCCAGUUUUCGAGCUGAAGGAGAUCCUGAGCGGAAAGUACGGAGAGGAUAGCAAGCUCAUAUACGACCUGGCGGACCAGGGCGGCGAGCUGUGCUCAUUACGCUACGACCUGACGGUGCCGCUGGCGCGGUAUCUGGCCAUGAACACGGACAUCAAGCAACUCAAGCGCUUCCAGAUCGCAAAGGUCUACCGGAGGGACCAGCCGGCCGUCGCCAAGGGCAGGAUGCGCGAGUUCUACCAGUGUGACUUUGACGUGGCCGGCAUCUACGACCCCAUGAUCCCCGACGCCGAGAUCCUGCGCAUCAUCGUCGAGGUCUUCACCGCGCUCGAGUUCGACAACUUCACCAUCAAGGUCAACCACCGCAAGGUCCUGGACGGCCUCUUCCAGGUCGCCGGCGUCCCGCAGGAGAAGAUCCGGUCCAUCAGCUCGGCCGUGGACAAGCUGGACAAGAUGCCAUGGUCCGAGGUGAAGAAGGAGAUGCUGGAGAAGGGCCUCUCGGACGAGGUUGCCGACAACAUCGGCGAGUACGUGAAGCACAAGGGCGGCAGGGACAUCAUCACCCUGCUGCAGCAGGACAAGAAGCUGUCAGAAAACGAGGUCGGCAAGAAGGGCGUCGAGGACAUGAGCCUGCUAUUCACCUACCUCGAGGCCUUUGGCGUCACGGACAGGGUCUCGUUUGACCUCUCGCUGGCGCGCGGGCUAGACUACUACACGGGCGUCAUCUACGAGGUCGUGACAGAGGGCUCCGCCCCAGCGGUGGCCCCCGUCGUCGUGCCCGUCGUCGAGCCGGCAGCAGCAGUGGCGGUGGCGAGCGAGCCCACCGAUGCGGCGGCGGCAGCGGCAGCGCCGGCCCCCGCACCGACAGCGCCGGCAAAGAAGCGGGCGCCCAAGAAGAAGGCGGGCGAGGACGACGACCGGUCCGACGACCCGACGGUGGGUGUGGGCAGCAUCGCGGCGGGCGGGCGCUACGACGACCUGGUGGGCAUGUUCAGCGGCAAGGGCGACAAGGGCCAGAUCCCGUGCGUGGGCAUCUCGUUCGGCGUCGACCGCAUCUUCAGCAUCAUGAGCGCGCGCCAGAGGCGCCAGGCGACCGAGCAAGGGGCCGCGGCCGCGGGCGUGCGGCAGAACGAGGUGGACGUCUACGUCAUGGCCUUUGGCGGCGGCAAGGACUUCUCGGGCCUGCUGCCCGAGCGCAUCUCGGUGGCGCGCCAGCUCUGGGACGCGGGCGUCAAGGCCGAGUUCUCGGCAAAGGUCAAGCCCAAGCUGCAGAACCAGUUCAAGGUGGCCGAGGACGGCGGCGUGCCCCUGGCCGUCAUCCUGGGCGAGGACGAGCUGGCGCAGGGCAAGGUCAAGCUCAAGGUCAUGGGCCUGCCCAAGGACCACCCCGAAAAGGACGGCAUGCUCGUGUCGAGAGACGAGCUGGUGGCCGAGGUGAAGAAGCUGCUGCAGUCGUGAAGACCGGGGCUUUUUCGUUUUGUUCUCUGGGCUUUUUUUUUUGCUCUUGGUAUGGCUCUUGCAUCCCCACCUCAUUAGGGGCUAGGGGAGGUUAAAUAGGGGAUAGAAGGGCCUGUUUAGGUGCCUUUGAUAGGCAUAUAGGGGCGAUAAACAAAAGGCUGGGAAUAAAUAGAUAGAGCGAGCUUGGUGAUUUCCUGUGGGCCUUUAUUGCUUUUUCUUUUUUAUCUCCUCGCCCGUGUUGUUAGUGAUCAUGUGUGAAGUGGUGG